AUGGCUCGGUUAAGCUGUAUCAUAAUGAUCAUCAGUCUUGCACUAAUGUACGUUGUCGCCGAAGAAGAAUUAUACUCUGAUCAGUAUGACGAUAUUGAUGCCGCAAGUAUCCUUCAGAACGAUAAACUGCGUGAUCAAUACUAUGCUUGUAUUAUGGAAACAAUGCCAUGCGUGACAGCAGAUGCAAAGUUCUUUAAAGAGAUUUUUUCUGAAGCUCUCCAAACCAAUUGUAAGAGAUGUACCGAAAAGCAAAAGAACAAGAUGGAUUUAAUAGUGGAUUGGUACACAAAAAAUAGACCAGAUGAAUGGCAAGCUGCCGUCGCAAAAUCUAUUGAAGAUUUAAAAAAGAAAAACGCUGAUCAAUAAUUCUAUAAUAAUUACUAAAACAAUAGAUAAAGAAAAGAAACAGAAAGAAUAGGAAAUGUUAAUUAGCUAUAUAUAAAAUUAUUGAAUCUUUUGUAUUCAAAAAUAUUUCUUCGGUAAAAGAAGAAAUAUCAAGAUACUAUAAUUAUCAAUAGCACAAUCAAUACUUGUAGUAUUAUACUUUUGAAAUACAUUACAGAGAAAAACAAUAAAAAUGAAUGUUAUUUUAUAAAAAUAACAACCAUUAA